AGAUGUAUUAUUUAAUUGACAGAGCAAGAGACACGAGAUACAGAAGCGGAAAUGGAAACUUGGAGGAGAAAGAAGGAGACAUAUUUUACAAUCUUCAGUACUUCUCAGAGCGCCAUCAUCAAGUAGUGUUUGUCCCACAACUGACUUGCUUAAGUAGCAUCAAUCAGGAUCAGGAAAAAAUGGUGUCCCCAGUCGAGGCACGGCAAGAGGUUCGCACGUACAAGGAAUGCGUGCAGCGAGACGGAAAGACGGCAUGCAAAGCACAGCUUGGACAUGCGGUGAAUGCGAUAUUUACGGAACAACAAGUCGAUGAACAUCAAAAACAACUAUGUUAAUCAGGAGUUGAAGAAGACUUCUUCAGUCUCUUUCUCUACUGAAAUCUAGAACCAUGAUCUAGUAGAUCCUCUUCUCCCUCUAACUCCACAACGAUAAGCUCACGGGAUUGUGCACCGUUUGUAGAGGAUUUUUUCCAGUGCUACAACCACAAAUUCAACCUGGCCACAUGUUCGGAUCAGACGACUGCCAAGCUCAUCCGAUGCCAAAGCGACACGGCGAACCAGGUACGGACCUUUUUAAAUUGCCAGGUAAUGAUCGUGACUGGGGAGAUACGGAUAGACGCAACAAAAAAACUUUUUUUUUUAGUUCAUGGAGAGUUUUCAGUUCUCUUACUGCUAUGAUCGACGCACCAACAUUUUUACACCGCAUCCUAUAGAUCAUGAUCCUACCAUAAUUCAAACUCCAGAUGCUUACGUUGUAGUCGCACAUGUCGCACCGCCAAUUUUACGGGGGAUCGCGCCAAAGCUAUGAGAGCACACCUACAGGCUUCCUUCAACAUGUCGAGCAGGUUGGAUUCCAUCUCUCUACUCAACAAGUGACCCCACUUUUUAAGUGAGCUACUGCGUUUUUUUCAUACUUACCCUUCUUGCAGUCAGUGCACAUUUUACGAGAAGAGCUCCAUGUCCAGCACGUCGUGAGCAAGUUUUUUACGAGAUGAGUGUUCAGCUGCGCCGAGGAUUAUAGCACAUCAAUAAUUUGCUUCGUUUUAAAUAGUGAUCGAACUCGAAGAACAUUGAGUGUAGUAUAGUUAGUUAAGAAGAGCGAAUCGGAGAGACGGAGGCAAACGAAUUACUGAGGGUUGGUUAUGUAUCGAGAGGAAAUCGCUCUCGAUUCAUUCGUGAAAAAAA